UCUUGCACAUUAAUUUAUUUGAUUUUCCUUUUGCUUCUUCUUCGAAUUCAUCUUUUUCUUAUUUCAAUUUUGCUCCUCUUCCUCCACCCUACUUUUCAAGAAUCGGAGAUUUUCUUCGAUUUGUUGAUCUACUCUUUAUUUUUUCUUCCUCUCUCAAAACAAGCAGUGGCUGAUCCCAAAUCUUGAGCUAAUUGGGAUAAUUGAUCAUUCCCUGAAAAAAAUCCCCCAAAAAAGUUCCAAAGAUUAGAUUUUUAUGAAUGGGCUACCUUGAAAUGUCGGAAGCAAGCAUUUUUGGUGGUGUGCAUGAAUAGAUGUAUGCAUAGAUAGAUAUAAUUAAAAAGGGUUUUUUGAGGUUGAGUUGAUAUGGGUGGGUGUGUUCCUUGCUUUGGAUCAUCGAAUAAGGAUGGAAAUGGCAAUGAUUUUGAUAAUGGAGUGAAAGAAAUGGGAAAAAAGGAGUCUUUCAAAGAUGGUUCAGCUGCUCAUUCUAACAGCCAAGUUAAUAGAGUGAAUUCAGAUAAAUCAAAAGCUCGAAAUAGUCAUGAUUCUAAGAAGGAACCAGGAAUCCCGAAAGAGCCAACAGCCCACAUUGCUGCCCAGACAUUUACAUUCCGGGACCUUGCUGCAGCAACAAAGAAUUUCAGACCGGAGUGCUUACUUGGUGAAGGUGGAUUUGGACGAGUUUACAAAGGCAAGUUGGAGUCGGGUCAGGUGGUCGCAGUUAAACAACUUGACAGGAAUGGUCUUCAAGGGAAUAGGGAAUUUUUGGUGGAGGUUCUCAUGCUUAGCUUGUUACACCAUCAAAAUCUCGUAAACUUGAUCGGAUAUUGUGCUGAUGGUGACCAGCGUCUGCUUGUUUAUGAGUACAUGCCAUUGGGAUCUCUGGAAGAUCAUUUACAUGAUCUUCCACCCGAUAAACAACCUUUGGACUGGAAUACAAGGAUGAAAAUCGCUGCUGGGGCGGCCAAGGGACUAGAAUACUUGCACGACAAAGCCAAUCCACCUGUCAUAUACCGAGAUCUAAAAUCUUCUAACAUCCUUCUUGAUGAGGAUUAUUUUCCUAAGUUGUCGGAUUUUGGGCUUGCAAAGUUGGGUCCUGUUGGCGAUAAAACUCACGUCUCAACUAGGGUGAUGGGCACCUACGGCUAUUGUGCUCCAGAAUAUGCCAUGACUGGCCAGCUGACAUUGAAAUCUGAUGUUUACAGUUUUGGAGUCGUCUUCCUUGAACUCAUCACUGGUCGAAAGGCCAUUGACAAUAAUCGAGGUGCAGGGGAGCAUAAUCUUGUUGCUUGGGCGAGGCCACUUUUCAAGGAUCGAAGAAAGUUCCCCAAAAUGGCCGAUCCCGAUUUACAAGGCCAGUAUCCGAUCCGAGGUCUGUAUCAAGCGUUAGCAGUGGCUGCCAUGUGCUUGCAAGAGCAGGCAGCCACGAGGCCUUUGAUCGGGGAUGUUGUGACAGCCUUGACGUAUCUAGCGUCCCAAACGUAUGAUCCUAACUCGCCUUCUGCACAGAGUAAUAAAACUGGCCCAUCUACUCCUAGGCACAGGCACGAGAGGAGUGCAUCCAAUGGAACGGACGGUCUGGAUGAUGCAGGGCGUGGAGGCCACCAUCGCUCCUCUUCCGCCCACAAGAACUCACCCGAUUUGAGGAAGAGAGAGUCUCCAAGGGAGUUCAGUGUCGGUGGAGAGCUGCGAAGGAUUGAAACCUCUGGUGGAUCCGGGAGCAAGUGGGGUUUAGACGAGCCGGAUCGCCCCGACUCUCGUCGAGACAGCCCAGCGAGUGCAGGUAGAGUUAGAGAGAGUUCGAGGAAUCGUGACCUGGAAAGAGAACGUGCCGUUGCUCUGGCCAAGGUGUGGGGUGAGAACUGGAGGGAGAGAAAGAGGACCAGUGCAAUGGGUAGCUUCGAUGGCAAUGAAUGAAGGAAUUUCAAACCAUAUAUCACAUGUUUGAUCUUCUUUGAUCAGAUCAAGAUGGAGAGAGGUGAAGGGCUGCAUGUAAUGAUAAAUCUGUGUAUGUAGAGCCUUGGUGUUAUAAAGAAAUUUGGGAAUGUAUCAACGUUUUUUUGCACUAAAUCUUUACCCAUGAAAAUGGUUUUCAUGUCAGAAAAA